AUGGCAGAACAAUCGAAUGGGAAGAAUUUUGAGGAAUGUGUUCCUUUGAAUGCCAAAUCUAAAGAUGCUGAAGCGGCUGACGAGAACAGACAGGAUGAAGAAGUGGAGUUCGAUAUUGAGGAGCCUGUUAAAUUAUAUUUUAAAAUAUCAGACAGACCACCAGUCCAAGUGAAUAUUCUUUUAUCUGUACAGCAAGCAUUAUUGUCAGUCUCUAGUUCACUUUCCAUUUCCUUACUGGUGUCUGAAUUGGUCUGUGCCGGAGAUGAUCCAGAGAUUCAAGCUCAGCUUCUUGGAACCACCUUCAUGAUGGCUGGAAUUGCAACUCUUUUAAUGUGUACUGUUGGUUGUCGGUUGCCAAUAUUUCAAGGACCAAGUUCUUCGUAUAUUAUUCCAUUACUUGGCUUGACGAAUCUGGCUGAGUGGUCUUGUCCAAAUCAAGAAUAUUUGAGUAAGUUGAGUUUAAGAUCAAACGAACAAAGGUCAUACAAUUUUUUGCAAGGUAGUUUAAUGGUGGCUGGUACCAUACAUAUGUUAAUAGGAUUCACUGGAUUAGUUGGUGUGGUAGCUCGAUAUGUUGGUCCAAUUACAAUUGUGCCGGCACUUCUACUAGUUGUUUAUUAUAUGCAUCGAAUAUCUGUAAAGUUUGCAGAAACUCAUUGGGGAACGUCUGUUGCAACAGCACUUUGUGGAAUUAUCUUGUCAUUAUAUCUAAGAAACUAUAAAACACCCAUUCCAUUCUGGACAAAGAAAAGGGGAUUUCAUAUCAUAUGGUAUCCACUGCACCAAGUAUUUUCAAUUUUGUUGUCAGUUAUAUUUGGUUGGAUCUUGAGUGUAAUAUUGACCUACGCUGGAGUAUUAUCGUCUGAUCCUACCAGUACGGGGUAUUAUGCUAGAACAGACGCAAGAAAUGAGAUUUUAUCCAGAAAUCCCUGGUUUUUCUUCCCAUAUCCAUGUCAGUUUUCAAUGCCUCAGUUCGAUGCUUCAGCGUUUGCUGGGGCAAUGGUGGCUACGAUAAUGUCAAUUGUGGAUUCUAUAUGCGAUUACAAUGCUUGUGCCAGGAUAUGUUACGUUCCUUUCCCACCUUCACAUGCAUUAAAUCGUGGAAUAUUCUGGGAAGGUCUGAUGAGUUUCUUUGCUGGAAUAACUGGUUGUGGACAUGGUACCAAUUCUUAUGGUGGUAAUAUAGGAGCUAUUGGAAUAUCCAAAGCUGGCAGUCGGCUGAUACUACAAGGAUGUGGGGUGAUCUAUAUAUUGUUUGCUGUAUUAGGAAAGUUGAAUGCUGCGUUUAUCACCAUUCCCUAUAGUGUCCUUGGAGGAACUAUGAUAAUAAAUUUUGGAAUAUUUUUUGGAGUCAUUUUGUCACAGUUACAGUUUGUGAAUUUGAAUGACACGAGAAAUCUUGCAAUAUUAGGAAUCAGUGUGUUAGUGGGAUUCAUGCUACCUCAUUGGGUAGAAAAACGACCUGAUGGCUUAAAUACCGGUAUUGAAGGAUUAGACAGAACUCUUACUAUGUUAGCAGCCAAUGGUGUAUUUGUGGCAGGAUUCGUAGCUUGUUUUCUAGAUAACACAGUUUCAGGUAGGGACUGA